UUUAUUUUUUAUUUUUAUUUUUAUUUUUAUUUUUUCGCUCGGGCUUCUUCGCCAGGCCUCCCCUCCCCCUCGUUUGGGCCUCCUCCCACCCCUCCAACAAAUUCUACAAAACGAGGUCGGCGCCAUGGGCAUCUUAGCCCAAAAGUCAAAGUUCAAGAUCGCGAAGCCGACCAUCCGCGUCGAAAAGGUCGCCGUUGAGGUCCCGCAGGCCAGGGCGAAACCCUCUCGGCCGCUUGGCGGCGGCGGCGCCGACCGCGCCUCGUCAGGCUCCCCGCGCCCGCAGCAACCGCAACCCCCACGAGUACGCGCAAGCGCCUCGCCGCUACCCUUCGCAUCCUCGUCGCGUGCCUCGUCGUCCCUGACCUCGAGCGGCGCACAACAGUAUCAGCGCAAGCGCAAGGCCAGCAGCGCCGGGCCGGCGGCGGCGCCGCGGCGGUCGCCGGCCAACAGCGAUCGCGUGACGUGGGACCAGGAGUCGGACUCGGAGGAUGACAACGCGUGGGAGGAUACGCUCGACGACCGGAAGCGCCAGCGCACCACCGAUAGCGAGCGCGCCGAGGACCCGAACCGGAGGCUUGUCUCACCGGCCCUGACGGACCCGCCGCCAGACGGGAGGGACCUGCGCUUGAUUCAUGCCGCAGAUGUCGCAUCGCUCAAGCUCAAAUGCACGCCGUCACUGGGCGCUCCCGCCUCGGAUGUUCGUGUCGCGCUGCAAUAUCCAGGCUUGCGACAACGAGAGAGGUAUGAACUGGUCUCAGGCAAGGAUAUGAUAGACGCCGUCGAAGAAAUCAAACACGUUAUCAACUGUGUGGUUGAUACAUAUCUCACCGAAAACGAAGCACGGCCAUUCACCGACGCGAACAACGGUCUGAUACGGCAACUGGAAAGGUCCUCCAACCUCAAAGACUACAAGGCGUUCCGCGCUGCUCUAGAUAAAUACAAUCUACGUCUCAGGGAGCUGCAAGAGAGCGGCGCGAUAGCUCGCAACCUGGCCAAGCGGCAUCUCCUCCCGUUCAACCUCGUCCAGCUUAUCCUCCAGCAGGUCUACGACCGAACUGUUGCCCCGCGAGUCGAACUGCUAGCCAAAUACGAGAACGGUACCGACAAUGUGUACGGAGAGCUGCUGCAUCCGUUCAUCAGUGAAAUACUGGUUCAAAGGUUGAAAAUGAGGUCUGAUCAGGUGUUUGUUGACUUGGGCUCCGGGGUUGGCAAUGUAGUCUUGCAGGCAGCACUCGACAUUGGGUGCGAAAGCUGGGGCUGCGAGAUGAUGGAGAACGCCUGCAACUUGGCCGAUGCGCAAAAGAAAGAGUUUACGGCACGGUGUCGACUCUGGGGCAUAGCACCCGGCAAGGUUCGCCUCGAAAGGGGCGACUUUCGGACCAACGAGAGGACACUCUCGGCGCUCAAGCGGGCCGAUGUUGUACUUGUCAACAACCAGGCCUUUACCGCUCAGCUCAACGACGACCUAGUCCGAAUAUUCCUCGACUUGAGGAAGGGUUGCAAGAUUGUGUCGCUUAAGAGCUUUGUGCAUGAGCAGAAGAACGCGGCAAACGACGUUGGGAGUAGCAUCCUCGACGUCGAGCGGCUGUCCUACCCGGAGGGUUACGUGAGCUGGACUGGCGCGGGCGGCCAGUUUUGCAUCUCGACGCGAAAAUGAGUCCUGUGCUCAGCGAGCUUGUCAUGCUGGGGUCAGUACAAUAGUCUCGACCGGACAAGCACGAGCCAGACGACGACGACGACACGACGAAAUAUAGAGAAAAAAGCGAGCCGUCCAGAAGAGCAUUUUCUUGUAUAAACACAUUAAAGCGCUAGCACUUGCACUUGGCACUAGCCAGCGAAGUUGCGUGGUAGACAUUUCUUUUUCUUUUCUCAUUGAGCGGACAUAGAUUUUGUGUUUGAUACCAACAUAGCAUUAAGCGAACUUUAUACGGGACUGUAUGAGACUAGGGAGUAGCUUACCUGGUGGGGGAUAUUUGUGAUGAGGGUUAGGAUACCAGACAGACCGAAUUUGAGCAUUUGAAACAAAUAUCUGCCUGCCUGACCAGUCAAAGUUUUGAUUCAUCCUCGUUUGGCGAAUUUCGGCUCGUUGGCCAGGUUCAUGGCCUCUGCCUCCUGGCCCA